GUUAACCAUCGACUACAAUACAGUAUGUCUUCCUAUCUAUCAAUAGUGUUAACUUUAUAUCUUACAUUGGAUUACAAUUUGAGCCAGUCUCAAAGCAAGCGCUUCGUUGAUGCUACUUUACCUGUUAACCAAGACAAUGGAAAACGUUAUAACUCUUACAAUGACGCAACGAAUCGAGAACACCAGGACACAACACAGCCAUCGACUGGGAGUCACUUCAACGAACUUCUUCCAACGAGUUCUCCAGACGACAACCAUUUCCCAAUGAACAACCUAUCAUGCAGCUACAGUAACCACACAGUCCAUUGCUCUGGUCUUUCAAUUUACGACAUUCAGCCAUCUUGGUUUCCGAAUGUAACGGAAACAAUUUUCCUAAAUGAUAACUUGAUAACAACGUUACAAAAUUUUACAUUUUCCCAUGUUUAUAAUUUGACAUUUUUAGAUUUGUCAGAUAAUAAUAUUGAAGUGAUAGAGAUCCACGCUUUUGAAGGCUUGCACAGUCUUAAGACCUUAAACUUUUAUAAUAAUAAGCUCACCUUUGGUGAAUCUCAGGACUUUCAACAAAUUUUUCAACCUUUGACAAGUCUAGAAGAACUAAAUAUAAUUCAGGACUAUCAAUAUAAAGUAGGAAUGUAUUCGUUUCGAUUCUUAGAACAGUUGCCAACUCUUCAAAACUUAGCCCUGGGAUAUGAUUUGGAGACUUUGUAUUUUGGAGAAGAAUUUAGAAAAAUGUCAAAUUUAACAAUACUGAAAUUAUCUGGAAAUGUAAAAUUUAUAAUUGAUGCUUCGUUUGCAAAUGUUGCCGGAUUAAGGGAGCUUCAGCUGGAUACAAUGCCAUACUUAAGUAACAUAAGUCACAAUGCGUUUUCACACUUAACACAUUUAAAAGUAUUAAAAAUGAAUUGGUUGCAGUUCAGCUCGCAAUACGCCUGGUCUACGUUUGCCCCGCUGCAAGGCCGAAACAUGAGCGAGAUUAGUUUCAACACUGUCAGCUCCUUUCAUACCCGAUCUGAUCCUAGAAUCGAAGGGUACAUCACUCGUGAUGACACAAAAUAUCUUUUAAACAUCUGUUUGGAAACAUUGGAAUUGAUAAAUUGUCGAAUUUAUUACUUUACGCUCGAAGCUUUUCAGAAUAUUGAGACUUGGGACAAAUGUUUAAUGAAUUUGUGCAUGUCCUACAACUCCCUUCAAGGCAGCGACGCCGUGUUGUUUCGAAUAUUGAAACUGAAAAGUCUACAAACCCUCACAUUAGAAAACGUCUUACGGCCUUGUUUUCAAUUCACCAAUUUUCCACACAGUAUUUCGGGUCAGAAUAUACAACAAGAUUUGAGUCAUGAAUGUAUUUCUAAUAAGUUUAAUCAGAAAGUUCAACAUUAUGUGGGGGAAAACAGCGCAGUUGGCAUCACUCCUGCUUUUCAAGUUGUUAGAAACCAUUACAGAAGCUCGAGCUUAAUAAGCCGACAUGAAUAUAUCACAGUGUCUGACAGUAUAAAAUCUAUUAACAUAAUGCGUUUUUUUUAUUCUCAGUCUAUGAGAGACCAUUAUAUAUUUCAAGGUGCACAUAAUGUAGAAUAUCUUGAUAUCUCGGAUAGCGGGUUUGUAAACUUUACUGGCAGUUUAGAAGGACUUGUGUCGUUGAAAACAAUAAUACUAUCGGGUAAUACUAUAAAAGUCCUUAGCAAAUCUUAUCUGGACACACUUCCAGCUCUAGAAAACUUGGCUCUUGCUAAUUGUCAACUAGAUCGUGAGUUUAUGUCAAUUCACAGCGGGAGAUUGUUUCAAAAUCUGACACGCCUACAGCAGCUUGAUCUCUCUUCUAAUUUACUCAACUAUUUAUCUACAGACACGUUUAUGUACAACAAACACUUGAAGUGGUUGACUUUAGCACAAAAUCAGUUUCGGGAAAUUCCAUUUUCUUUGAAGUACACACCAGAACUUGAAGUCUUAGAUCUAAGUCAGAACUCCCUCAAUACGAUUGACAUGGCGAGCAUUCAUCAGCUUGAGAAUAUUGUGUCCGGAUCAGGUCAUCUCAAACUUUUGCUAAGUGGGAAUGAUUUAUCUUGUGAAUGUAACGAUCUCCAAUUUCUACAAUGGAUGAGAUCAACUGCAGUUACUUUUGACCAAGACGGGAAUUUUACUUGUACAAACAAAGACGGGAAAACGACUUAUACACUAGCAUAUAGCGACAUAGAAUCUCUCUGGCGAGAAUGCACAGGAUUCAUUUACUUUUACAUUGUUUUAAUAGUAUUCUGCCUUUACUUGAUAGGCUGUUCUAUAGUCUUCAUCAUGAUGAAAAAUAAACAUUUUAUAACUGUAUACAUAUUGAAGCGAAUUUUCGGCAUUGAGACGCACACAAGAAGAGAUUACCCUAUCGACGUAUACAUAGCUUACUCUGACACUGAUUAUCAGUUUCCCUGCAACGAAUUGCGUCAGUUUAUUGAGCAGUCAUUGGGUAUGACGACAUUUCUAAUCGACCGUGACCUUAAUGCUUCAUUCGACCUUGCCCUUGGAAUAGUGAAUGCUAUUAACAAGAGCUGGAGAGUACUUCUCGUCUGCUCUGAAAGUUUCCUGCGGGAAGGCGGUUGGUCAAUGUUUACUUUCAGCUCCGCCAUUUAUGCGCAAAGUCCGGCUAAUCCUGCACGCAUUGUUGCUUUAGUGCACAGAGAUUGUCUUCCCUUGCUUCCAAUGGAGCUCUUUGGUUGUAUUAACGAAGACAACAUUUUGUAUGUUUCAGAGUGGGCGAUGACCUACGAGAUGAACCAAAUGUUGACAACUCGCCUAAAUGGAUAAUUAAAAAACAAAGAUACCUGUGAUAUAGGAACUAAAUGGACGGAAUUUUGUUAUAAAUUCAAUGUGUCAAAUAUUUAUUUCUAUUUUAUAAUUCUUUUUGUAGACAAUGAUAUAAAUAAUUUUUGAUUGUAUAAUGAAUUGCAAAUGAUUAAACUAACAUAAGUUUAUCCUCGUCAUAAAACUCUAGUACAUUUAGGCUUUUGUAAGAAGCCAGAACUCUUGUACUUGAAUUAGCAAAUAAUAAUAAUUGUAGCUUUUAUACAGCGCUACUCUCAUGCCCAGAACGCUACGGUCCAAUCUCAUUUGUGGACUAGUUAGGCGCUCAGUAAACAACUCUGCUCGAGCCGGGAUUCGAACCUCGAGACCCCUUCAUAGUUAGCCAAGCCAGGCCAGGUUCAAGCGUACCUAGCCUCUCGACCACCACGCUUCCCACAAAACACUCCUAUCUUCCAGUGGCGUAGCUAGGGUGGGGGAGUGGGGAGGUCUAAAUGUAAUUUUGCUAUUCACGUGUAGUCAAAAAUACUAGACAGCUUUGAUCUAGAGGAUGUUAUAGAUGACCUUUACUGCACAGA